AUGGAUAUAUAUGCAAGGGUUUUGUUAAUUGUUGAAUUGGUAUUGGUUCUUGGCUCUCUAGGAUGGCGUAUGAGGUUAAUUACACCUUUUUCUUUCUUGCAUUUCUUCAUCUUUUCAACAGAACUCAAAGAUCCAUCACUGAAGCAAGUGCUUAAAGAGCAAGCUACAAAGAUAAUCUUCAAUGCUCACGAUGACAUUAAACUUUUAGAGUAUAAACCUUCAACUAUUGCAGCAUCUGCUCUUAUCUCUGCAUCUUGUGAACUAUGUUUGCAACAAUAUACUAUGCUGAGAGCUUCAAUUGCAACUUGUGAGUAUCUAGAUGAGGAGAAUUCAUUGACCAAGUGCAUUGACCUAAUGCAAGAGAUGGCUAUGUGGACGGAAGCGAAUGAGUCAACCAUUGAUACAAGCUUUCUAAGCAUUGAAACUCCGGUGAGCGUGCUGGAGAGAAGCAUCAAGCGGCUUGAAUUGGCUCUGCAAUAA